AUGACGUUUUACUCGGAGGUUGGCAAAGAUUUUAAGCAACUUUACGAGAAUAGAGAGAAUGGUGAUGUGAUAGUUUAUGCUGGCGAGGAGCUUAAAGAGCUUCGCGCUCAUUCUCAAGUUUUACUUACUUAUUCUUCUUAUUUUCGUGGAAUGCAUUCAUACGAAGAGUCAAAGAAUCGAGAUGGAUAUUUUAUUCUUAAAAAGUCUAACAUCUCCGCUUCGACGUUCGAAGUGAUUCUUAAGCUUGCCUAUCGCGAACCUAUAGAUCUUCACGAACUAGAUAAUGCGGUGGUUCUUAAAGUUUUGCUCGCUGUAGAUGAACUAGGAUUUCACAAACUUAUUAACUACAUCGAAAAAUGUACAAUUAAAAAUAUUGAUGAUUUUUUAAGAGAGGAUCCUGAGAAAAUGUUACAAAUUGUAGCCAGCCAUGAGACGUUCGAGGAUUUUAAAGAAAUUUGCGUGGGAGCCAUCCUUACCGAGCCGAGCAUCUUAUUCGGCACAGGAAGGUUUUUAACAUUAGAAGAGAGUACAUGGAUGUUUAUUCUUGAAUCUGACGAAUUUAUAAUAGAUGAAAUUGAAAUUUGGGAUUAUGUGAUUAAAUGGGGAAUCGCUCAAGGUCCUAAACUCAAAAGCAAUGUUAAAGACUUUGAGGAUCAAGAUUUUGAAGCUUUGGAGAAAAGAUUGCGUAAUUUCAUUCCCUUGAUUCGAUUUCAUGAAAUUUCCAUGGCGAAUUUUUACAUCAGUAUCUGGCCAUUCAAGAAGAUUCUCUCUGAAGAGCUUGUAGAUAAUAUGCUUCAUUAUUAUAUGGUUCCUGAGGCCAGGCCACGUUUUAACGUAUAUCCUCCAAGGAUUUCUUCCAUAUUAAUAAAGAAAGAACAUAUUAUUUUCUUUGCAAACUGGAUAGAUGAUACCGAUGAUUAUGAGAGAAUUGAUCAAGUUCCAUACAGUUUACGACUCCUUUACAGAGCUAGCCGGGAUGGGAAUAAAGCCAUCAAGUUUCACCAAAAAUGUGAUAAGAAAGGGGCUACUAUAGUGGUGGCCAAGAUUGAAGGUUCCGAAACGCUAGUAGGCGGAUAUAAUUCAUUAUAUUGGGAUUCUAGUGGUGGAUAUGAAAAUUUAGAUAAUAGCUUUAUAUUUUUAAUUAAAGAUCGUAAUAAUAGUGAUGGAGGUUUUACAUUGGGACGACUCCCUAACUUAUCCAUCAAAAGCAAUAAUGGUGCAAUCUAUAAUAAUAGUUCAUAUGGUCCUACGUUUGGAAAGGGUCAUGAUUUAUGCUGUCAUUUCAAAAGUUGGUCUAGUAAUCAAGGAUAUAACACUGGUAGCUACGCAGAGAUAAAUCUUCCGAGUGAAUUUAAAGUAUUUGACUGGGAAGUUUUUAAAGUGUUGAAGAAAAGUUAA